AUGGACAUGCUCGACACAGGCGCUGGCACCGGGGCCUCGAUGAUCGACAACAAGACCCAGAGCACUUCCUCGCCCGCGGCCCCCACUUCCUCCCAAACUCCGUCUUCGACUCGGACUACGACUACUACGACGUCGCACACCCUUCCCGCGCCUUGGAUCCUCCCCCAACCUUUUGGUCCCAUCAUCGACCUCCAGCCCUUCACCCUGCCCGAACCGCCUCGCAGGAAGACGACCCCGCCGCCGAGUCCCGAUCACCGACUCGAGUCAAGGUUCUCGUCCGAAACUCUCGGCGUUGCCGCGAGUUCGAGUCCCAACAGUCUCAUUUCUGCCGGAUUCCGAUUCCAACGACUCUUUACCCGUGAUUCGAUGCAGCUCUCCCCUACUUCCGAGGGCUCGAGUCGAUCCUACACUCGUGGUCACGCUGCGAGUCGCAGUUGCGAUCGGAUCGAGUCGGCACACGGGCACGGGCACGGGCGCCAGCGAUCUCGAUCUCGAUCUCGCAGCGGGGACUCGGCUUGUAAAGAAGAGAUUCUUGAAAUCAGUUCUCGAUCUACCGACGGUAGAUGGGGUGUCGGGGGUAUUGCGAAGGAGGUCGUCGAAACACUUAAGAAGCGCCGCCAGGGCUCGAAGUCGAACGAGUCGGGCCGCGCAAGUCCUGUCGACCAUCGCGAGCAGGUCCCUCGAUCGGAAAGUCCGGCGUUGAGCAUGGUAGGUCACAUAGGCGCUUCGUAUUAUGCUGAGCAAUAUGCUAACCACUGGAUGUGGAAUUGAGCAGAAUGGCUCUCUGGACCUACCUCGCGUCAAGCCGCCGGGCAGCGAGAGCUCGCCGCACCGAACCCCUCAAAGUUCUCCGAAUCGUCGCCCUCCCGAGGCAACGGGCCAUCGCUACUCGAAAUCAACGUCCGAUAUUGUUCUUCCACCACCGCGCUCUGAUUCCCGCCUUCAGGAUCCUCAUCCUGCGGCCCAAGCGGCGGUCAACAAUCCUUCGUCGUCCCAGUUGACCCCUCGUCGACCCCCUCCGAUGGCAAGCUGCCGAAAACCGACCUCCCCACCGACGCGCCCGCUGCCAGCUCGGCCCAUCUCCCCUCCAUCGAUACCACUCGGCGUUCGCCCAUUGUUUGUACCAAAACGGUUGCCUCCUCCCCAACCCCUUCCGGGCACACCUUCAACUUUUGACGUCUUCACCCCUCUCCCUUCGACUCCUCUCGCCCCGAUGAAUGUUGGCGAAACUUCUUCCGAACAGGCAACGUUUUCCGCUUUGAUCCUCGAGCGUCCCGAGCCUUUCGACAUUGUAGACAAAACACCCGAAACCCUCCUCAUCAAACUCAACAUCGGCGCAGAAGUGCAUCUAACAACGCUUUCGACUCUGACGACGCGAAAUCGUGCUGGAAAGCUUGCCGACUUUGUCCAAGGCGCGGUGAAUGACAUUCGACGCCGUUUACCCGAUACGGGGCCCGCUCAGCCAAAACCAUCGUGCAUUCGCUCUUCUUCGGCUUACGCCUCAUCUUCCGACGAUGGCGAGUCAAUCAUCCUCAACGCGUCACAUUUCGCCACUUCGAGGUCGCCGUCGCCCUUCCCCUAUGAAGAACACUGUGGGACUACCGCCCAGUCGCACGAAACGAUCGACAUCUGUGUCGAAUCGUUAAAAAAUGGCCCAAAUGAGGGCUUGGACGAUGAUUGUGAGGUGAUGGAUCCUCACUUUUUAUCGUACGGAGAGCUGGCGAAGAAGGUAAGAACGAGACUUGAUCGGCAUCACUUAGAGCCCAACGACUCGCGACGCCGAACUGAAAUGCGCACCGGUUCAUCCCAUUCGCAGCUCGCCGAAAAGAAAGCCAAGCUCUUUCUCCCCUUGCCAAGCUUCACGACCCCGCCCCUAGCCGUCCAACACCACGCAAAAUUGUGCAAAACGCCCUCGCCGAAAAACCGGAUCCACUCGAUACACCCCCAGAUCGUCCGUCCCGAAUCGACGCUCGAGUUUGGAACGGAUUCGGACGACGAGAUCGAGUCGCAGUCGACGUCAAUUACUUUGCCUUCGCUCGGAACGCGGGAUACAAAUCUAUUCGAACGAAGGUUGAAGAGUCACCUUAUUACCGAAACGCUUUUACCUCCUCUCCCUACGCCAUCCGAAGCGAGUUCGAGCGAGAAGGCACAUGCGAUGGCGAUGGCGAGGAGGGAGGUCAAGUCCGUUCCGGUCGACGUCCUGGCUGAUGAAAACGACGACGACGAAGCGGUUCCACGUCUACCUCAGCGCAUGGAGUUCGUCGUUCCUCGUUUCAACAUCAUCGAUCAAGCUGCCGAGCCCGUCGAAGCCACCGACGUAAAGCAAACCGUCCCGUCGACCGUCGAAGACACGACAGCAAUGGGGGGUUCUCUUGUCUCGUCCCCGCACUCCUUCCUCGAGACGAGCAAGCUGCCAUCACCUCCUCUGAUCUCUUCCAAGCAGCAGCAGGCGCCCAUUCAGGUCCUCACAAUCUUCCUCGACCGGCCUCCUCCACCCUACGUGGCGAUCAUGUCCUACCUGCGUUCGGCGGCCUCCUCCCCCUCCGGAAAAGGAGUUCUUCCACCCUCGCUGACCUUCCCCACCUCAUCGACCCAGCCCCAGCCCCGGCCCCAGCCCAAGCCCAAGCCCCAGCCCCAGCCUCAGCCCCAGCCCAAGCCCAAGCCCCAGCCCCAGCCCCAGCCUCAGCCCCGGCCCCAGCCCCAGCCCCAGCCCAACCCGCGCCCUCAACCGCAACCUUACUCAACCUCGACCUCUUCCCCAAAUCAUCUCGAUCGAACGCAUCUCGACCUUUUACAUCUGUCCCCCUCGAUCCUGAUGCAUCGCAUCUCGUCCCUGCGCGAGCUCGCGCGCGAGGCUCACUACCUCGGGAUGUCGGAGCUGCUCGAAUUGAUCGAGAACGAACGAUCGACGAUCGUGCAAGCGGUGCGAGUGCUCAAGGCCGAGCGGGAAGUGGAGAAGAGGAAAGAGAGAGAACGACGCGGUGGAGCAGGUUCGACUACCUCGAGCUCGAGUCCGAAAGGGACGCCGCCGGUGGCGAGGAAGGUGGAGAGUGUGUUGAGGGAGCGUAAAGCGGCGGGGUGGAUCUGA